AGGGCUGCUCUAGGUUUGAAGGGGCCUUCAGCAAAGUCCCCUCUAGUGAAUUCCAUUCUGCGUUGGUGUGCCUUAGGCAAGGGCUUACCUUGUGGGGGCAACCAUGAGUGAUUAUUUUAAUUCCCUCAGUGUCUCCAGCGUAGCAUUGCUCUGGGGUACUGUAGGAAAUUUUUAAAAACUGUUUAAAAGGCUGCCAGCUGCUGCUAAUGAAGCCUAUGGCUGAGAGAGCAGGCAUCAGUAUCAAUGUGCCCUGCCAGGGUGCUGGGAUCCCAACAACUGCCCCAGAUUAUCAGAACAUGGCUAAGCCAAAGGUUGCAGUUGUUGGAGCUGGGCUGAUUGGCCUCUCCACUGCUGUUUGCAUUUUGGAAUCUGUCUCAGAUUGCAGCGUGAGUGUCAUUGCUGACAUAUUUACUCCCAAUACAACAAGUGAUGUAGCUGCUGGGAUGCUUAUUCCACAUAUUUACCCAGACACACCAGUUCAUCAACAGAAGCAGUGGUUUAAGGAGACCUUUGACUACCUAUCAGUAAUCUGUAAUUCCUCAGAAGCUUCAGAGGCUGGGAUUCAUUUGGUAUCUGGCUGGCAGAUCUUUAAAACCAUUCCUGAUGAGAAGCCUCCAUUCUGGUCUGAUGUGGUUCUAGGGUAUCGCUCAAUGACUGAAAAGGAGAUGAAGAAAUUUCCACAGCACAAAUGUGGCCAGGCCUUUACUACACUGAAAUGUGACUGUCCAUCUUAUUUGCUGUGGCUGGAGAAAAGGCUGAAAGAAAAAGGGGGCCAGGUGCAUGCUAGAAAAAUAGAAGACCUGUGGGAACUGCACAAUAACUAUGACAUCAUAGUGAACUGCUCCGGCAUUGGCUCCAGGAAGCUCGUGGGUGACCUUGAGAUAUACCCUAUCAGAGGUCAAGUUCUCAAGGUUCAAGCCCCAUGGGUCACACAUUUCAUUCGUGAUGGUGAUGGAUUAGCGUACAUCUAUCCAGGGAUGCACAAUGUAACAUUAGGUGGGACACGGCAAAAAGGCAACUGGAAGCUGACCCCGGAUCCCAGUACUACCAAAAACAUAUUUAGCCGAUGUUGUGCUCUUGAGCCGUCGCUUCAGACAGCUCAGGAUAUAAAAGUGAGGGUGGGCCUGAGGCCAUUUAGGUCAGCCGUGAGACUGCAGAAAGAGAUACUGGUUCGAGGUAGUGAGAAGCUUCUGGUGGUCCACAAUUAUGGGCAUGGGUCUGGUGGCUUUUCAGUGCACCAGGGUACAGCUCAAGAGGCAACUCAGCUGGUUAAAGAGUGUAUGGCAGCACUGGAAAUGUCGAGGCAUAAGGCAAAGCUGUAAUAUGCUAAGGUGAAAAUGCUCUAACUCUUUUGGUAAUUAACUAAAUGUUGGAUUAGAGUGUUUGUUCUGAAAUAAAGUUAGGAAAACCACCAUUGGGUGGUUGGUUCACA